AUGUCAGCCUUACAUACAGGAAAUCUUAUUCCUAUCAGAAGUAAGGAUGACCUUUAUUCAGUAGUACCCCCACUAGUGGAGAAACCCUCCUCUACACCAUCAUACCUCACUCCCACUGCAGCAUCAUCUAGCAGAAGUGUAGUAGCUCCCACACCUCGUACUUCACCACUUCAGUUAACCACCAAACCUCUACCAAGCAAAUCAGUGAGCAACAGUCCCACAGUCAGACCUAGUUUCUUUGCAGGAAUCUUUGAUUCUCCUGAACCAAUCAACCCACCAAUUCCCACAGAACAACACCCAGUCCCUGUUCCAACAGAAGCCAAACCAGAAUUACCUGGAUCUCCAGUUGAUCCUGAUCCAGAAGAGGAUCCAGCCAACAGACACCUGAAUAACCCAGACAACAGCGAGCCAGAACCUAGUAACCAGGAAGAUGAAGACGACAUGUCAGACAACAAUAGUGGAGCAGUAAAAAAACCCAACCAAUUUGAAGGAGAUAAGGGGAAGAGCAAGGAAUUCCUGGACAAACUAUACCUGUACUUCCUAGGGAAUUCUAAGAAGAUUCAAUCUGAUAGGGACAGAGUCCAGUGUGCAUUAUCCUACAUCAAAGGGCUGGCUCAAUUCUUUAUCCAUACAAUUAUUACUGAUGCAGAAGAACUUAUCUCUGACUCUGAGGAUGCACUAUUGAAAGGACUUCCUACCUGGGCAGAAUUCAAGAAGUCCUUUAUCCAGACUUUUGGAGUAGAGAAUGACACCCAGGCAGCAUUAAACAAAAUCAGCAAAUGUACAUGGACAAAAUGUAGUGGAAAUGGUCUUUGA